CGGAACGAUCCAUCUCGUUUCAUCGAAAAUUUUCGUAUGCCACCAAGUGUAUUUGAUGAGCUUUGGGAAAUACUGGAACCACAUCUGCUUCCAAAGCGGAAUACUAGACCGAACGAUUUCAUUCCUACUAAAGCUAAGUUAGCAAUUGUACUAGAGUACCUGGCUUCUGGAGAUAUACAACGCCAUAUUGCCUCCUGCUAUCGUAUUAGCAAGCAGCACUUUGGUAGAAUCGUGUCCGAUGUGUGUAAGGGAAUAUGCAGCGUAUUGAAAAAUGAAAUUCCAGAUUGGACAGAACACUCGUUGUUGGAGAUAUCGAAUUGCUUUCGAACACAAUGGAAUUUUCCGAACUGCGUCGGGGCUAUCGAUGGCAAACACAUAGCUAUCAAAGCCCCACCAAAAUCUGGAAGCAUAUUUUAUAAUUACAAAGGAUUCCAUUCUAUUGUGUUGAUGGCCACAUGUGAUGCCAAUUAUAAAUUCACAUACGUCGAUGUUGGUGCUUACGGAAGCGAAGGAGACUCCAAUAUUAUGAAGAAUUCGAGAUUUGGUAUCAGCAUACUUAAUGACAGCUGCCAAUUUCCGGCCGACGGCUUUAUUGAUGGCAAAAAAGUACCAUACUUCAUUGUAGGAGACGACGCAUUCCCACUGUGCAAACGUAUUAUAAAGCCUUACAACAGCAAACACCUUUCCAAAGAGGAACAGAUUUUCAAUUACCGUUUAAGUAGAGCAAGACGGUGUAUUGAAAACGCGUUUGGAAUUUUGAGUGCAAAAUGGCUUUGCCUCAGAAAGGUAUUAUUUUGUCAUCCGGAUCGGGCACGAUCGAUUGUUUCAGCAUGCUGCCUGCUUCAUAACUUCCUCAUCAAUAAAUGUGGACAAACUUAUAAUCCCCCUAUCUUCUCUGAAUUCGAGGGCAUCGAUGGAUUCUGGGAAUCAGGAGAAUGGGAGACUAUACAACAACAAGAAGGCCCUUUAAAUGAUUUAGCAUAUCCUUUUGCAGAUAAAACUGCUUCUAGUCGCCUUGGUAUAGAGGCGACAAGUUUUUGA